CCCGUGGUCCGGAGGAGGGAAGUGACCGGCCCGGGGUCACCCGGCGGGGGGUGGCAUUCGAACCCGCGACCUUCCGAGUCCCGACGGGCGACGAGAGAGGCGAAACGCCGAAAGGGGAGCCGAGCGGCCGCCGCGCGUCCGGCGGGGGAGCCCCACGGCGGGAAUGAUCCGCGCGGCCGUCGGAGGAUUCCCGGCCGCCCCACGGGUCCUCCGGAGGAGCAGCCCGGAAUCCCCGACGUGGGCGGGUUGGAUUCGGCAGAAAUUCACCAAAUCCAGGAUUCCGGAUGAGGUCUUCCGGCCUUCGGCGGCCGAUCACCGGCGGUACGGCGGGGACCCCGAGAACCCCCACAAGCUCCACCUGGUCACCAGGAUCAAGAGCGUCAAGGGUCGUCCGUACUGGGAGAAGAACACGGUCAGACUCCUCGGCCUGGAGAAAGCUCACCACCCGCAGGUCCACAAGAACAUCCCGUCGGUGAACGCGAAGCUCAAGACGAUCAAACACCUGGUCAGGAUCCGGCCGCUGAUCCUGCCCCAGGGGCUCCCGACCGAGGAGGACGUGGGCCGCACCUGCCUGAAGAACACGGGGGAACUGGUGACGCGCUGGAGCCUGACGCCCGCCGCGCCCCCGGCCGACGAUCCCCCCCGCGACGCCGCGGAUCGGCCCCGAUCCCCACCGGGAGGGUCCUUCCCUCCGAACGCCAACGACGAGGACGCCGCGCGGCGUCGGGCCCGCUUGGUCCGGCGGCCCGGCGCCGGCGAGGUCUCUUCCUGAUAAUAAUAAGAACGAGGAGAACGGUACGCCUGAAGCCAUCCUUGUCCGGCGGCUUGGGAACGGAAAGGUCUUUUCCUAAUGAUGAUAAUAUCGGUACGCGUGAAGCCGACCUCACCCGGCGGCCGGGACACGGAGGGGUCUUUUCCUAAUAAUGAUAAUCAUCAGGGUACGCGUUCAGCCAGACUUACCCAGUAACUCAGAAACAGACGGGUCUUUUCCUAAUAAUGAUACCAAUAACAUCGGUACGCCUGAAGCCGACCGUACCCGGCGGCUUGGACACAGAGAGGUCUUUUCCUAAUAGUAAGAAUGACCGUGCGCGUGAACCUUGCCCGGCGACGGAAAAGAGUGUUUUCCUAAUAAUAGUAAUAUCGGCACGCGUGAAGCCAGCCUUGCCCGGCGACUUGGACACGGAGAGGUCUUUUCCUAAUAGUAAUAAUAAUGACUGCGCGCGUGAACCUUACCCGGCGGCCUGGCGACGGAGAGGUCUUUUCCUAAUAGCAAUAAUAUCGGCGCGCGCGAAACCCACCUCGCCCGGCGGUUUGGACACGGCAAGGUCUUUUCCUAAUAGUAAUAAUAAUAACUGUGCGCGUGGACCUUGCCCGGCGGCCCGGGAACGGAAAGGUCUUUUCCUAAUAAUGAUAAUGGUAAUAUCGGUACGCGUGAAGCCGACCUUACCCGGCGGCCUGGGAACGGAAAGGUCUUUCGAUGAUAAUAAGAAUAAUAAUUGUGCGCGUGAGGCCAACCUUAGCCCGUGGCUGGGACUCGGAAAGGUCUUUUCCUAAUAAUAAUAAUAAUCAGGGUGUGCGUCAAGCCAAACUUACCCAGUGACUCGGAAACAGAAAGGUCUUUUCCUAAUAAUAAUGAUGACGGCACGCGUGAAGCCGACCUUACCCGGCGGCUUUGGGAACGGAAAGGUCUUUUCCUAAGAAUAAUAAGAAUAAUAAUGGUACGCGUGAAGCCAUCCAUGCCCGGCGGCCUGGGAACGGAAAGGUCUUUUCCUAAUAAUAAUAAUAAUAAUGAUAUUGGUACGCUCGAAGCCAACCUUACCUGGCUUGGACACGGAAGGGGCUUUCAGUAAGAAUAAGAACAAUAAUUUUGCGCGUGAAGUCAACCCUAGCCGGCGGCUGGGACCCGGAAAGGUCUUCUCCCUAAUAAGAAGAAGAAGAAUAGUGACCGUACGUGUUAAAGCCAACCUUACCCGGCAGCUUGGACACAGAAAGGUCUUUUCCUAAUAAGAAGAAGAAUAAUAUCGGUACGUGUGAAGCCAACCUUACCCGGCGGCUUGGACACGGAAGGAAAGGCCUUUUCCUAACGAUGAUGAUAACAACCGUGCGCGUGAAGCCAACUUUAUCCAGCGGCUCGGGAACGGAAAGAUCUUUUCCUAAUAAUAGUAAUAACUGCGCGUGUGAAGCCAACCGUACCCGGCGGCUUGGACACGGAAAGGUCUUUUCCUAAUAAUAACAAUAAUACUAACGGGACGCAUUACGCGCCCACCGCGUGCCGGGCGCCGUCCUGAGCGCGGGGUCGUUAAGCGCAUAGUAAGCGCCUCACAGAUGCCCUUCUUAUCAUCUCUCUUAUUAGCGUGAUCCGUCCGCCGGCGGCGCGCCCUCGGCCGCCCGCCCCGACGCUCAGCACAGCGCCCGGCGCGUAGCGGGCGCCGCGCAGGCAUCCCGGUCCUUAUCCUUGAGCUCCCGGGGCGCGCGGUCUCCGUCCCCGUUUUCCGGAUGAGGCCACCGAGGCGCGGUGACUCGGCCGAGGUCGCGCGGCGAGCUCCCUCCGCUCAGCGUCCCGCACGGGGCCGGCGCUCAGUCGCCGCCGAGGACCGUACCGGUCGCCCGGGGGAGGACACCGGAGCGUCCGACGCCCCUCCCCGCCCACGGGGGCUCGGAUGCCGGCCCGGCCAGCGCUCAGCACGGCGCCCCGCUCCCGCUAGGCGCUCAGUAAGUACCACGGAACGGACAGGAGAGGAAUCCCCGGCCCCCGGCUCCCCGGGGGAGAGACCCGAGCUCCGCCGACCCCAAGCUCCCGGGGCCGUUUUAUAAUAAUCAUCGUCGUGAUCGUGACGGCGACGGUAUUUAUUAAGCGCUUACCAUGUGCUGAGCGCUCCUCGUUCGGCGUGUGGACGAAUAUCAAAAAAAAUAGAAUCGAAUUAGAGAUACAGACGCACACGUACGGAUAUAUAUGUUUGUCUCUUAAUUCUGUUUAUUUCCAUUGAUGCCGUCGAGGUCCGUCGCCUCGUUCUGCUGUCCGAGGCGCCUACUGUGUGCCGAGCGCCCUUCUUUGGAGGCGUGGGUGAUUAUUAGAGCUAUAUUCUAUUAAUAUAUAUUAAAAUAGAAUUAUGUAUCUCUAAUUCUAUUUCCUUUGACGCCGUCGAGGUCCGUCUCCUCGUUCCGCCGUCCGAGGCGCUUACCAUGUGCCGGGCGCUGUGACUUGUUUUGAUGUGUGGGUGAUUAUAUAAAAAUGGAAUCGAAUUGGAGAUAUAAUAUUUUAAUAUAUAUACUAGAGAAGAAUUUUAUAUAUAUAUAUGUGUCUAAUUCUCUUUCUACCGAUGCCGCCGGGAUCCGUCCGCUCGUCCCGCUGUCCGAAGCGCCGACUGCGUGCCGAGCGCUCUGACUUGUUUUGAUGUGUGGGUGAUUCUAUAAAAAUAGAAUCGAAUUAGAGAUAUAAUAUUUAAAUAUAUAUCUAUUAGAGUAGAAUUAUACAUCUAUAUAUGUCUCUGAUUCUCUUUAUCUCUACCGAUGCCGUCGAGGUCCGUCUCCUCGUUCCGCCGUCCGAAGCGCCGACUGUGCGCCGAGCGCUCGGACUUCUUUCCAGGUGUGGUGGGUUACAAAAAAAGGGAAUCGAAUCAGCGAUAUAGUCUAUUAAUAUAUUAUAGAUAUUAGAAUAGAAUUAGAGAUAUAUUCUAUUUAUUUCUGUCGACGCCGUCGAGGUCCGUCUCCUCGUUCCGCCGUCCGAAGCGCCGACUGUGGGCCGAGCGCUCUGCCUUCUUUCGAGGUGUGGGUGAUUAUAUAAAAAUAGAAUCGAAUUAGAGAUGUAGAUAAAUACACACGUACAGAUAUA